AUGGAGCAGGAUCCCGGUUUCAUUGCGGCCGUUGAAGAGGCCAAGAUUGGCGCCGCCGAGGGUGGUGUGCCCAUUGGCGCCGCCCUGGUGUCAAAGGACGGCAAGAUCCUGGGCCGAGGCCAUAACAUGCGCGUGCAGAAGGGCAGCCCGGUCCUGCAUGCCGAAAUGUCCGCUCUCGAAAACUCCGGCCGUCUCCCCGCUUCCGCCUACGAAGGUGCCACCAUGUACACCACGCUGUCGCCCUGCGAUAUGUGUACCGGGGCCUGUAUUCUCUACAAGGUCAAGCGGGUGGUCAUCGGAGAAAAUAAGAGCUUCAUGGGUGGAGAGGAGCUGUUGCUCAACCGCGGCAAGGAGGUCGUGGUGCUGGAUAACCAUGAGUGCAAGGAGCUGAUGGCCAAGUUUAUGAAGGAGAAGCCUGAGCUUUGGUAA